ACCACUUCCUGAGUGCAGAGUUCAGAGUGCUAACAUGCGUCUUCCAUUGGAGUAGCGAUGCCAGCGAAGUGUGUGGCCAGUUUUAAUGGUUAAUCUUUACCUGCGUUUUCUUUUAUUCUCGUUUUUUGUGUGUCGAACAUGUCAGUGAACGUAUCAAAGCACGAGCUGACCCAGCUGAUCUACCGACAUUUGAAGGAGCAUGGCUUACACUCAGCUGCAGAUGAGCUACAGAGGCUCAGCCCUCAGGCGCAGUCGAAAACCUCUGCAUCGUUAUUGGACAUCUACAAUUCAUGGUUGACUGGCUCAAAAAAGAAGAAGAUCUCAAAUUUGUCUAAGCACUCAGGUUUUGAAGGGCAAGAAAGAACACUCUCUAAAGCCAAAACAAAGAGAAAAGACAAACCUGCAGAGAAACAAAAAAAGUCUGUGCCAGCAAAAAGGAAAAAGAGUGACGGAACAUCUGCAGAAAAUGUCACCAAGGCAAAAAAAAACAAGACGCAAGCAAAAAACAUGGUCGUGGCUGCUGGGGAAGAUCAUUCAGACUCAGACAGCAGUCUGGAUUUAGAUAAAUGGAAGAAACGGAUCCUCCAGAUGACCGAGUCUGACUUAGCCAAGAUGGACACCAUCAAUGCACUGGACUCGUCUGCAUCACCACCCAGGAAAAAGAGGGUGAGGACGCCCCGGGCCAAGCCCCCCGCAAAAAGAGACGCUCCUGUCCAACAGAAUAACGGGACAGGUGGAAAGGAUGAGAAGGUGGGGGAGAAGGCUACGACAGAACCAUCAACAAAGAACAUUACAUCCAAAAGGAGCAGGCCCAAGAAGACGCCCCCGGACACCUCCUGCGCCCCCCCGAACGCUGUAGAAGACCGACCAGCGACACCCGUCCCUUCCCCCUCAAAACGGCCAGAGAAAGUGGAAAGGAAAGCUGUGACUCCUAGUAAAGAAAAAACUGAUGAGACAACGCCUGAGUCCCAGAAGAAGAAGAAGAAGAAGAGGAGAAGGGAGGAGAUGGCUGAAGGUAAUGUGGAUGUGAAUACACAUGAAAGUCAGGGACACGGAGAAGAAAAAGACAGUAAAGAGGAGAAGCAGACUGACAACACGGUUAGAGAAAAAACUGAUGAGACGACGGCUGAGCCCCAACAGAAGAAGAAGAAGAAGAAGGAAAAGAGGGAGGAGGUGACUGGAGGCAAUGCGGAAGAUGAUAUACGUGAGACUGGGGGAGACAGAAUAAAUAACAGUAAAGAGGAGACUCAAAAAACUGAUAAUACGACAUCUCAGCCCCAAAAGAAGAAAAAAAAGAGGGAGGCGAUGACUGGAGUAAAUGUGGAAGUGAAUACACAUGAAAGUCAGGGACACAGAGAAGAAAAAGACAGUAAAGAGGAGAAUCAGACUGACAACACGGUUAGAGAAAAAACUGAUGAGACCACAUCUGAGCCCCAACAGAAGAAGAAGAAGAAGAAGAAGGAAAAGAGGGAGGAGAUGACUGGAGGCAAUGCGGAAGAUGAUGUACAUGAGACUGGGGGAGACAGAAUAAAUAAACACAGUAAAGAGGAGACUCAAAAAACCGAUAUGACCACAUCUGAGCCCCUAAAGAAGAAAAAGAAAAAGAAGAGGGAAGAGAUGACCGGAGGAAAUGUGGAAGAGAUUACACAUGAGAGUGGGGGAGAUGGAAAAGAUAAACCUGAGACAGAGGAGAAGCAGGCUGAAGACCCAGAACGAGAGAUAAGAGACCAGAUAGUUAAAGAAAAGAAAAAGAAAAAAAAGCACAUAGCCGAUCAUCCCGAGGAGAUGUCGGAGCGGAUAGCUGAAGAAGAUGCAAAGACAAUGGGCAGUGACCGAGAGGAAAAUCCACAGCAGAAUACUGAAAUGAAGAGGAAGACAAAGAAGAAAAAGAAUGCAUUAUUGCAAAAUAACUACACAGAGCUUCUAGCUCCUCCCAACCCUGAGACAUCUGGUCCUCCAACAGAGAAGAAGAAAAAGAAAAUCCCGUUGAAAUCGGUUGAAGUCAAAGUUUCCAUCGAAGACGUUGCAGGAAAACCAACACUGUCCAGUGACACGCCCCACAAGAAGAAAAAAAAAUCCUCCACAAACACUGAAGAUGUUUGAUUCUUCUAUCAGAUCCAAAGGAUAAAUGCAACAGAUCCUUAACUCUCCACUUUAAGUCAUUUUUUUAUGGUUCAAUGGAUGAAAUGAAAGGCGUGAAUAUUUUUCUAUUUUAAUACAUUUGUUUUGUGGUCCACUGUGUGUGGCAUACAAUACUUUUUGUUUUUUAUCUGACAUUGCCAUUUUAAUGGCAUUACAAUGUUAAAGGGAUGAAUAACUCAUUGUUGUAUGGAAUACAUGGCGCCUCUUAAAAUGUCUUUGAUUGAGAAAAUGUCCCUAUUAAGCACAUUCUCUUUUAGCCUAGGGAGGUUCGCACAUGACUUAAUAACGAUUAUUGGUUAUCAGUGAAUACAUCACUCAAAAGAUUUUUUGACCUGUUUUAUAUAUAUAUAUUUUUUUAAACAAAUGAAAACAAAUUGGACUGCAAUUUUUUAUUGGGUCAAAUACUUGUGUUUUUUUUUUUGUACCUGUGUUUUGAGAAAUAUGUUGUUUUUUUGAUAAAGCAGUGAUCAUAAUUUCAACGUUUCAUAAUUUCAUUGUAAAUAAGUGUAUUUAAUACAAAUGAAACAUGUUUUCUUUCCGCUGUACCCAUGUGCUAUAUUAAAUAUGUGGACAGAGAAGGUGAA